AUGUCGGCGCACGAAUCAGGCGCUGCGUCGUCGUCCCACGAGAUGCAGUCGCAACAGGACCACCUCGACCGAGAGGCAGCAGCCCUCGCAGCUGACAUCCUGCCCAUCUUCACCUCGGCUGCUCCAGUCGAAUCCGUCUGGUCAUCCGAACGCAUCGCUUUCACAAACGAGCGAAGGAACAUCGUCUUUGGCCAGAAGCUCUUCUUCGACGAGCUGCUUUCCUUUGCCUCUGUCGACACCUCGCUAUAUCCGCCUCGCUCAUCACAGCAGCUCUCGCAUCUGCUCACUGCCAUCUUUGCGGCCACCGCACUCGACUACCUCAAGCAGCUUUCGCUCGUCUACUACCUGCUGCUUGAUCUCGAUGCAUACUCCGAGCGGGCCAGUAUAGAUGAAGGCAAACCUACAUCAAGAGCUUCAGAACGAUUCGCUGAUACGUACGUGGUGCUGCCCCAGUUUACAGACGCCCUGCAGGGCUACUGGCUGCUCGACAACGAUCAGUACCAACAAGCGAUCCCCUUGCUCGCCAUCGCCGACUUUAUCCCCAAGGUCAUCCGCACCCUCUUCCUGCCUUCGCCAUCCGAACACCGCUCCGAUGUGGCACGCGCUAAACUCCUUCUGCGCUUCCUCCGUACUUCCGACCGAGACUCGGCAUCCGCUGGUACCUCAGAGGCAAAAGUUGAGGAGCUCGAGAUGGAGAUUCAAGCGCUUUGCUUCGUCAACGGCCCGGCUCAUGCUCUCGCCGAGAUCCGCGCCAUCGCAACGAGUGACGUGCCCUUUGACGACGAAGCGGAGCACGUCCGCGUUGCUAUGCGCGCACGGCUCAUCUUCAAGGUCCUCGAGCACUGUUUUGCCCCUCCACGAUCAGCCGCCAUUCAAAACCUGCUCGGCUGCAAUCUCGACGCCGAAGAGGAGUUGACACUCGAAAGCUUCGUGCUCUCUCCUCCAGCAGCCAUGACCGCAACUUGGAGCUACGUCGCCGCUGACGUCCUCAUCAUCCGAUACAUCAGCCAAGGCAGGUACAUGGAUGCCGUCGGACUCGAUCGCAGACUCGGCCCCGAUGUCAGCCAGGGCCACUCUACCGUCAAGGAUGCACAGCAGAGAAGCAAGAUGAUGGAACAGCGCAAGCGUAUGAUCGCUGGAGCCAGAGAGAUCUUGCCCGAGGUACAAAAGGAGCUUCUGCGCAUCGAAGAGUCGGUCGAAAUCAGUGGUGGCGCGGCGAAUCACGAGACGGAAGAGACUGCCAAGGACAGCAACACGAACGGAUCCAACGGCAAAGUGGCUGCCAAUGGUCUCGCUGACAGGUCCGCUAUGGCGUUGACGCCGCUCAGUGCCUCUCCCGCCACGCGAGGUCCCAAAGUUCACACUCCGUCUACGCAGGCAGCUAUCCUGUCGGCAGUCGUACGUGCAUCCUCUUCGCCGUCCGCUCCGAGCACGCCGACCAAGGCGUCGCUCCUUGGCGGCGCAGUCUCGGCCACUGCUUCCCCCAACGGCACCCCCGGUCGAUUCGGCUCGACGCCCCAGAACCCUGCCGCCAUGAUCGGCUUCCUUGCCAAGCAUACGCUCAGCGGCCGCAAGGCCACCGCCACAGCUUCAGAAUCAGCCGACGAGGUCAUGGAAGAGAGCAAAGACGAGAUGGAUGGCUCCGGAGUUCUCGUCUCCAAGCCAAUCGACUCUGUCAAAAAUGCCAGUGACGCUACUGCCAGCCCGAGUCAACCGGUACCAGCACCUUCGCCGUGGAGAAACCAGCCCAGCUUCACGUCCAGCAGCCCCUUCUCUGGUCUUCCCAAGCUGACGCGUCCUGCCUUUGCCGGUGACGCCGGGUCCGUCGCCUCUGGCUCUCAUUCGCGGUUCCAGUCCAGUCCGCGCGCGUUCCAGCCUGCCAACACCUCGCCCUUUGCGGCAUCCUCCAGCUCGAUGCGCAGCUCACCUUCGCUCAGCAGCACCACGGGCCGGACCAAGUUGCCCGGUGCGCUCGGACUCGUCUCGCAGCACGGCAAGAAGAGUCGUCUUGCUCGCGAAGAGGCGAGGCCCGAGAUGGAGGACAGCAGCGACGUCGAUGAUGCAGAGCGCCAAACGGAGGACGGGGGCGACGACACAUUCGUUCAGACGACCCGCGCCAAGUCGGCCAAGGGCUCAGGAGGGGAUACGAGCAUUGGACGGCUCGUACCUGGUCGACGCGGGUGGAGUCAGGCGCACGCCGAAGAGAACGCCGACGAUGGAGACAUGCAAGAGCUGCUGGCGUCGCCUGAGCCUCCGACUAAACGAAGGGCGCGCAAGACGACCACCGCCACGCCCAAGUCGAAGAUGACUCGGUCCCGCACGGGCGUCAACCUCUCCAACUCAGACGACGCUCCAAAGAUGACAAAGAGUCGAUCGGAGGUGUCGCUCGUCGAGGGAGGGAAGAGGAUGACACGAUCGACGAGCUCGGUCAACCGCAAGCCGCUGACGCUAUCGAAUCUGGAGCAGCACUCGCGGUCGGAUGCACCGACGGCGCCGAUCGCACGCCGCACGCGGGCUGCGACGGCGGAGCUGGAGAGCGUCAACGGGGGCGAGCAGCAGGCGGCGAGUACGAUCUACACGAUCAGCGAGGUGGGUGAUGACGAUGGGGGUCGAACGCCAGCAAAGCGCGGAAGACGGGCCGCAGCCCCACCCAGCGCUAGCAAGAGCGCAGUUCGACGAUCGACCCGCUUGAGCAGUGUCGAACCAGAAGAGAGCUCGCCGGCCAAACGACGCGGUGGCAACACACGCAAGAAGAACAAGAUGCCCGGCAGCCUCGAUUAG